AUGAAUUUAUUUCUAUUUGGUAUUAUAACAUUUUUAUUAUUUGUUUUUCGUGUGAGAACAAACGAAGAACAAUAUGAAAUUGAUCCAAAUGGUUACAUUAUUUUUUGUUUAUGUAUGGGUCGUUUUGGUAAUCAAGCUGAACAUUUUCUUGGUGGACUAGCAUUUUCAAAAUUACUUAAUCGAACAUUAAUUGUUCCACCUUGGCGUACUUACAAGAAUGUUCCAUAUUCAGAAUGGUUUCAAUUAGAAUCUCUUAGUUCUUAUCAUCGUGUAAUUGAUGCUCAAGAUUUUAUGGAAAAAUUUGCUCCCCAUGUAUGGCCACCAGAAUCUCGUAUUGGUUUUUGUUGGUUACCAGUUGAUACAUCAAAAAGUGAAUGUAAAAUGAAAGAUGGAAAUCCAUUUGAACCAUUUUGGAAUGAAUUACAUGUUGAUUUUGUUGAUACAGUUACAUAUCAACUUAAUUAUGAUGAAUAUUCAAUUGAUCAAUGGAAUCAAUUAUUUCCAUCUGAUCGUUAUCCUGUUAUAGCUUUAAAAGGAGCACCAGCUUCAUUUCCAAUGGAAGCUAGAUAUCGUUAUUUACAAAAAUAUAUGAAUUGGUCAGAGAAUAUUAUGAACGAAGUUCAACAACAUCAACAAAAAUUAUUCAAUAAUGAAUCAUAUAUUGGAAUUCAUUUACGAAAUGAUCUUGAUUGGGAACGAGCUUGUGCUGAUGUUGAAUCUUAUAAAACUCGUUCAUAUAUGGCUUCACCUCAAUGUCUUGAUCUUCCAACAUCUUCACAUACAUUUGUUACUCAUAAAAUAUGUUAUCCAUCUGAUGAUGAAAUACUUCGUUUAUUAAAAAAUGUUGUUCUUCGUACACGUAUACAUAAUAUUUAUGUUGCAACAGAUAAACGACCAAUGAUUAAAGAAAUUGAAGAAUAUUUAUCAGCACAACAUGUACAUGUUAAACAUCUAGAUCCAUGGUUACCUGUUAUUGAUGCAGCGAUGUUAGCACAUGCAAAUUAUUUUAUUGGAAAUUGUGUUUCAUCAUUUACAGCAAUUGUUAAACGAGCAAGAGAUGUAAAAGAUUUACCAAGUGCUUUUUGGGGUUUUAAUAAUUAA